UUGCAAAACUCACAUCGCUCAGAUCUCAGUUAUUGCACUGGAAAAAAGUUUGACAAAAAAAUCUGGUCACUUGAUUCAAGUAACUAUAGUUACACUAUUGUUGUGUAAGGCCUAAAAUAUAUUUUUUUGCUUGUGUGUUUCCGGUUUAUGGCCAACUUUUGUGACACUUUAGGGCCCCGUGGUGACCCCGACCCUACGUGGCAGACUAAUCGCGAGUUUAAAAACGAAUCAGUUUAAAACGCUUGAUGCGACUUCGCGGCGAGGCAGUUACAAUCUAGAAUCCCCCGUAAAAUGUUCUGGCUCGGCUUCGGUCUCCUGUUGAUUGCUAUACUCCUGUACCUGCUCUACGUCGUCGAGCAUCAGGCCAGGAUAGAUCGCCUUACCCACAACUGGCCGGCACCACCGGCAUUGCCCAUCAUCGGACACAUACACAUCCUGGCCAAGCUGGUGGGGCCGCAUCCUUUUCGCCGGGCCUCCGAAGUGAUCGCCGCCCAUCUAAAGGAUCAUCGCGGCAAGCUUUGGAUGGGCACCAAGCUGUAUCUGUUGGAUUGCAAUCCCAAGGAUAUUCAGGCCCUGUGCAGUGCCCAGCAACUUUUGCAAAAGACCAACGACUACACGGUGUUUGAGAACUGGCUGUGCGAAGGAAUCUUUACUAGUGGUUUCGAGAAGUGGUCCCAUCGUCGGAAAAUAAUAACGCCCGCGUUCAAUUAUGCCAUGAUAAAGCAGUUUGUAAAAGUUUUCGAAAAGCAGUCACGAAUUCUAGUGGACAGGUUAGUGAAGUUCUCCGUUACCGGAGAACCUGUGGAUUUUCUUCAAAUGAUCAGCUGCUUUACUUUGGAUACGAUUUGCGAAACAGCUUUGGGGGUGACAGUGGGUGCCCAGUCCAAUGAGAAAUCGGAUUAUCUCAAAACGGUUAAAGAAAUUCUCGUAAUCAUCGAUUUAAGGCUGAAGAAUCUUUUCUACCGCAAUUCACGAAUAUUUCAGUUUACAUCCCACUAUAGAAAAGAACGGGAACUUCUGAAAACUCUGCACGGCUUUACGGAAGGAAUCAUCCAGAAGCGCAUGGACGAGCUGAGACAGGACGAGGAGAACCGAAAUGUUCCGACUUUGGAUCCUCAAGUCCUUGAUGGGGAUCGUCCAACAAUGAGUUUUUUGGACACUCUCCUUCAGGCCAGUGAUCCUGAUGGUAAACCUUUGUCGGUGAAGGACAUCCGAGAGGAGGUGGACACCAUUAUUUUUGGGGGAUUCGAUCUCACGGCAACCACUCUAAAUUUCUUCAUGUACAACAUGACCUUGCAUCCGGAGUACCAGGUGCGUUGCCGGGAGGAGGUGUGGGACGUCUGUGGGCGUGACACAAGCGAACCAAUUACGGCGGAGCAUGUACGUGGAUUGGAGUUCCUAGAGGCUUGUAUAAAGGAGACGCUAAGGAUGUACCCUUCGGGUCCACUGACAGCCAGAAAAGCCACUGCCAAUUGUCAGAUCAAUGAGUUCUUUAUACCUAAGGGCAGCGAUGUACUCAUCUCGCCCAUUUAUAUGGGACGUUGUAAGGAAUUCUUUCCGGAACCCAUGACUUUCAAGCCGGAACGGUGGGCCAGUGGAGCCGAGCCAAAAAUAGAUGCCACCACCUUUAUACCCUUUAUGAAGGGAGCACGGAGUUGUCUGGGCCAGCGAUACGCCAUGGUGAUGCUGAAGUUGGUGUUGGCCCACCUCCUGAGAAACUACCUGUUCGAGCCUCUGGGGGAACGACAGGUGAAAAUGAAGCUCACUUUCGUCAUCACCCUGCACACCCUGGAGCCCUAUCUCUGCAGGGUUAGAAAAAUCGAAUGAGACUUGCCUGGAGAUUCUUUAUUUGGCUUGAAAUAGGAUUAAAUAAUGUAUAGACUUGUAUUAAAUGAUUAAAAUUAAAUAGAAAAGGAAUACGCUA